GGUGUGGUUGACGAAUGCAUUGAAGAUUCCACCCACUUGUAGAAAAGAAGUCUUUAUGUAAACUAGGUCAUCGCAUAGAGAGGAUCGCUUGUCGGAAAGGUAACCUCCAUCUACUUGUGUGUACGGAGCCUGGAGCUGGCAGAAGUUCAGAAGAGGGGGGGAAAUCAAGCAACACCCCUUCCUCUCUCCCUAAUCUGGAUGGUGGAGAAGAAGGGAUCAGCCCAGACACAAACAAUCGGCUGCGAGCUGUCAGUGCGAGGAGUCCUGUCCAGCGGUGGGGAGCAGCAGGAGCACCCCCUCGCGAUCAGGUUCUGAAGAUUUUGAUACUUUUACAUAAGUGCUAAGUGGCUUAGUGAAAUAGAAAACUGCACUGCUUUUACUUAAGCAUACGAAACCAAGGAAUUAAGCCAAGUCUAUCAUGGAAACUCUGUCCCAGGAUUCUCUGUUAGAGUGCCAAAUUUGUUUCAAUUAUUACAGUCCUCGAAGAAGGCCAAAAUUACUUGAUUGCAAGCAUACGUGCUGUUCGGUUUGCCUGCAGCAAAUGAGGGCUAGCCAGAAAGACCUUAGAUGUCCUUGGUGCCGAGGUGUUACAAGGUUACCUCCUGGAUAUUCUGUGUCCCAGCUACCUGACGAUCCAGAUGUAGUAGCAGUCAUUACGAUUCCUCAUACUUCAGAAAACACCCCAGUCUUUAUUAAAUUGCCAAGCAAUGGAUGCUAUAUGUGGCCACUUCCUGUCACCAAAGAAAGAGCUCUGUUGCCUGGUGAUAUAGGUUGCCGAUUACUACCAGGAAAUCAGCAAAAACCAGUCACCCUGGUGACCAUGCCAAUGGAACAGCAAUCCCUACACGAUUCUAUGGCACAGGAUAUUGCAGAGGAGGAACAUGAGAGAAGGGGUGUUGUGAAAAGUUCAACCUGGUCUGGAGUUUGCACUGUCAUUUUGGUAGCAUGUGUUCUGGUCUUCCUACUUGGAAUUGUCCUGCACAACAUGUCCUGUAUCUCUAAGCGCUUCACUGUCAUUUCAUGUGGUUGAAAUGGAUUCUUCCUAUACUCUUUGCCACAUAUAUGUUAUAAAAAAUAAAAGCAUAUACAGAAGCAUUGUAUUAUGAAACAAAUAUCAACUGCAACAGGGUGGGAACUUGUUAACUUCUGGAGUUCUGGGGCACAAGAGAGAGACGUCCCAGCUUUCCCCUCUAACAGUUUGGUUAGAGUUAAUGAAGAUUGCAUGCACAGUCAUCAUUCCUUCUUAAACGGGACAUGUAUGGUACAUUUGACUGUAGGGUAGUACGAUGACUUCUUAGCUCAUUGUGGUAUGGCCAUAUCCACCAGACAUUGAUCAAGCAACUUUUUCCUUGAGAUUUAGUUCAACAUGAGUAUAAUUAGCAGUUCUUUUGUAAAUCUGAAGGACGGAGAAAGUCAGUAGAGGGAACGCUAAGUCAUUAUAACGAAAACAAAGCAGAUAUUAAAACAAGCCGUUCUUUUCCUUAGUGAGUACAUUAACAAUCUGUAUCUGCAUACAUCUCAGGUCUCCUUUUACUGACAUGGCUGUUAUAGGAACAUAAUGUUUUUUGUGGUACGUUAAACAUUGUACUGCCUUCAAUUGAUUGUCACAUAUUAUCAAUAUCCUGCAUUUUUUCAGGUGCCUAUAAAACAGAUGAGGCUGAAUGUACUAUAUGUAAGGUUAAGGUUUCAGACUUAUCUGUGUGGUGCAAGUAAAACACGGUGGUACAUGUCUUACACAUGGUGAUCAGGGAUGACGCAAACUCCUCUUCUUGCAAUACAGAUGAUAUUGAAGAAAAAUAUAAUACUUGGUGGAUCUUGGCACUUCUUAAUUAUUGCCAAGAAGUGUUAUGUGGAGCAAGGCUUUGUUAUUAAAUAUAGAGACCAUAUUCAAUCAGAACGAUGUAACAUCUUGUUGUAAAAUUGUAAAACUUUUUUGCAUUCCAAAAAAAACCCUGAAUACUUUUAUUUUGUCAAAUGUCACAUUUCUAAAGCAAUCUGUAUGUAAUAAAAAAUUGUUGGGUGUCUUUCGGUUGUCUGGUUUAACUUAAAAACCUAUCUUGACAACUAAAAGAGAUGUGUGAUGAGUAUCAAAGGUCAUGUUUCUGCAAUUUAGCAACAAAGCAAGAGAACGUAAUGAUAGUUUAUGGAUGGAUGAGUAGUAAUUAUUAUGCUAUUAUUUGUAUGGCAUUGUCUUUGUGAAGCUGCCCCAUCGAUAAAAUACGAUUUAAAGUUGUGGGUUAUAAAAAUAGAUGAACUGUCAACAUUACAACUUCCAUUUUGUUUUUUGUUUUAAAUAUUUUCUGACACAUUUUUAUUGCAGAUUAUUUACAGCUGUAAAAAAAUGUGACCGAUCCUUUUUUCAUUUUUUUUUUCUUCUGCAUUUUUUUUUCUUCAGUUAUAUCUCUGUAUAUACUUAAGAUGAUAGAAUAAUUAAACAUACAUUUGCAUAUUUUUUACCUGUAUGGGUUACAUAAAAGUGUAAAUACAGUAUUAAGUUUUCUUACAAUAAAAUCAGUGAAAAUUGCUACGGAGCUUAAAUAAAUGGAAGAUUUCUGGU